GCGGGGCGCGGGAUGCGGGGACGGUGCGCCGGGCCGAGGCGAGCGCGGGGCGGCGACGGGGCCUCGCUCUUUGUCUCCGCUCGCUCCAAAAUGGCUGCGGCGGUGCUGACGGGAACGCCGGGCGGGCCGCCCUGCGCGGUGGCAGCGGAGGUGCAGGGCCCGUCCGAGGCCCGGGGAGCAGCGCGCGGGGAUGCCGGUGCGCCGGCCGGGCAGCGCGCAGGCCCCGGAGUGGAUGGGCCCGGGAAGCAGGCGGGGACGGGGACGGGGCUCUCGCAGCGCGCCCUGAGGACGGGGACCGGCGCCCGGCUCCUCCAAGCCGCCGCGGGGAAGGAAGCUGGUAAACCAAGCCGUCCCGGGGUGACUGUACCCGCACCCAGCUGCCUUGGAGACGGGAGUGUCUUAUAAGCCCGUAGGUAAGAGCACGGUGCCUGCCAGGCACCAAACGAAGUUCCCGAGCAUGAAGCUGGCAAGUCUGGAAGUAGCUUUCUUUUUACCUUCUGCUGGGGGAGGGGAGUAAGUUACCUAAAAUGUUCCCAAGCACCUUCUCUCUAGAAAUACUUCAGUAAAAGUUCCAGUUCCCUCUUUCUGCGUGUUUUAUUUUCCAACCAAAAGAUGGUGUUAUUGGACAUUUCUAGUGGUUUUCCUUUCUCCCAUUUCUUUCUAAGAGCCCAGAAUAGGUUUCAGAGAGACGCUUCCUUGCCUCGGACCUCACUGGGGACAAGAGGCCGCAGGAUCAGUCUUCGCAGCUGAAGACAGCGCCGCGAAAAGCAGAGACCUCGGGACGAUGAAUGACGUUGCUGACAUAGAAAAUGAUUUUUUUAAUUGUUGUAACAAAGGAGACUGCUAGUCUCAACAGCAGACCCGAACUGGACCCUUGUGCCUGUUCGAAUUGCAGCCUCGCAAGGGAAUGGACUUACUGAAACAGCUGGAAUACGGGACUUCACCCCAGGCUUGUUUCUCGACAGCAGCAGCAGCCAAUGAGCAGUGAGGACGGAGCCUAGGCGAGGUGCCUCCCCUCUAGGGAAACAGUGUUUGGGGGAAAUCACUGCAAAGGUACAGCUGGAAUUUUGUACCUGAACUUUGGCUCCCAGAGGGCAGGAAAGGAAAUGAAUGAAGCCAGCUGGGUAUGGCAGGGAGGGCCCCUAUGGGUGCACAUAUGGGGCACCUUGAGCUCAGUAGGGGGACAGUCUGAGUUUUCCAGAAAGAGCAGAAAUACAAAGUGAUGAUUAAAUCUCGGGAUUUUUAAUUUUUAAGUGUUGACAACUAAUUAGAACAUUUUUAAAGUAGGUCAAACCACAGGCAGGCUGACCGGCCUCAUGCACAACUUGCAAGGUGGGGCGCACCAGGCUCACAGCACAGCCCAUACCCUCAGACCCAUCACACUGGAGUCGGGCGGAAGCAGAACGCCGGACUCGCAUGAAACAGACCAAGUGCCAAGGCCCCUGGGUCCCAAAGGCUGGGGUAACUGAGGGUUCCCACGCUCAGGCCUCCACUUUUCAAGUCCGCUGCUACUCUACUGAGAUCUGUAAGGCGUCUCCUGCCGUCUACACACAGUGGUGGCUUCUCUUCUCCAAGGCCCCGCCAGGAGCCGUUCAUUCCAACGUAUUCGGGGCUCUCUGUAGACUGGGCUCAGCCUCCUGCACUCACGCCCUCCUUGACUUUUUCCUCAGGAUCUUCUGAGGAACCGUCCAGCCUGGCAGCUGCAGGAACUGUGAGGAGUUUAGGGUCUGUGCCCACCUAUCCCAGCUUCCCUUGCAAGGAGGGUCUUGUGCUCCAGAAGACCCUGGGGAAGGUGGGAGCUGCAGACAGCCAGGCAGCUCUACUAUGUCUGGGGUUUGCAGGAGCACUGCCUCCCCGAGGAGGAGGAGCUGGGGUGUGGCCGGAGUGUGAGGACACCACGUGACUGCCCCUCCUAAUGUUCAUGUGGUGGGGGGUCACCCUGGGGACCUCAGGCCGAAUUUUAGUUACUGUAUGAUUUUAGUUGUUGCCACAAGCAGGUAGGACUUGUGUAGUUUGAAAGAAAAAUCCCACCCAGCAUAAAAAGAGAAAAGGGGGAAUUGUAACAAAUGUCAGUCAUAGGCACUGUUUAAAUCCGGAAAAAUGUUUGCUGGGAGGCUAUGGGCAGAGAGGUGGCCUCAGCAGCUGGCAGCUCAGUGGGCCUUCCAAGUUUUCUAAGCAGGGUCUUGUCUUUUUCAAUAAAAUAGAGCAUCAGACCUGCUCACUUAAA